CGUAGUUAUGAGCUUCCACGAAUCGUGAUAGACGGAUUCGAGGUCAAGUGGAGUAAGCAAAUUAAAUAUCUUGGUGUGGAGUUAGAUGGAAGGGAAUUUACUAGCAACUGAAAGGAAAGGACAAAUAGGAAGAUGUUGCCUGUUCUUGUAAUAUUACUAUUUCCAGUCUGUCUUGGAUUAAACUAUAAGGUCACUCCGAUCAAUACGCCUAUAUUCCAGGAAGAAUUAUUCGACGUACGACUCUACCAUGAAGUAUGGACCACGGUACACUUUGCUGAUCUCCGCGAUAUAAUUGAAGAUAUAAAACAAAUAGAGAAACACAUUGAUAAUUUGUCAUACGUAUGUACAAAAUUUGAAGGAUGCAAUCAUAAGGUUUCUAUAGACAAACUUUACUCAAGAAAUAAUAAAAUCAAAGAUAGAAUGGACACUUUAAUUAGUUUAAAUAGUCAUAAACGCAAGAGAGGGAUAUUUAAUCUCGGGGGAUUAAUAUUAAGAUAUAUUUUUGGGACACUAACGGAAGAUGAUGCUAACGUAAUAAAUAACGAAAUUACCAAUGUCUAUAAUAACACCGCAGGUAUAGCCAAAUUAUUAAAAAAUCAAACUUCGAUUAUAAAAACUGAUAUUAGAAUAUUCGAAAAAUUAAGUGUAACUCAACACAAAGAAAUAACAAACUUAGUAAGUUUGGUAAAAAAUAAUACUUCGGCAACAAAUGUUAACACUUUCAAUUCUAAUCUAAUGGAAAGCAUAGCAGGAACUGAAAUUGCUUUAGAUGAUCUAGUAGAAAUGACAACUGUAAUCCUUGAAGCCAUUAAUUCAGGGAAAACAGGAAUUGUUUCACAUCAGUUGGUGUCACCUCAAAAUUUUCUAAGUAGCUUACAAGUUAUUAGUAAUACAUUAAAAAUAAAAGCAAUUCCAUUUCCUCUGGUACCUCAGUAUUAUACGAUGUAUAUACAACUAAGUACAGUUCAAAUAAUGAUAACUGAUAAUAGAUUAACAUAUGUUAUACGCACGCCAAUACCAACCGAACCUUUAUAUCACGCCUUUAAAUUUAUACCUGUACCUAUAGCUAGUUGGACGAAAUAUUAUAUUUACGAAAAUGUUGCCACAAAACCAAUUGCGAUCAAUAUUGAGCAAACCGAUUAUACUCUAAUAGACUUAGAAAAAUGUACUAUCAUUAAUGCACUUAGGAUUUGCGAAAUAACGAAUCCAAUUCAUCGAUUAGCUAUAGAAAGUAGCUGCUAUUCAUACUUAAUAAGGGAUAAAACGGACACAGAAUGUAAAAAGAAAUACUUUUCCUUAUUAGAUACAUUUAUACUAUCCCUUGCGAAUGGUUACAGUUGGUAUAUCUUACCUCGGAAUACGGAAACUAUCUCGAUAUUCUGUCCAAAUUCUCCUGAUAGAACUGCUGUCAUAACUAGCCCUUCUAUUUUUGAGUUAUCACCACAUUGCCGAGGAUCUUUCCAAACAAAUAUAUAUCUACCACGAAGUCACACAAAUUUAACAGGUAUAACAGAGUAUAAAAUUAACAUAACAUUUACACAUCUUGAAACUACACUUCUUCAAAAUAAAUUACUAACAUUACCCACAUUUUCAAGCAGACAUAUUGAUUUCGAUGACCUUAAAGAAUCAUCAAAAACAUUAGAUGAAAUGGCAUCUGAUUUAGGUACACUUAUCUCUUCACAAUCAAAGCUCUUCUCUUUUUGGAAAAUAUUGCAAUGGAUGUCAUUUUCAUGUUGUAUUAAAUUCAGAUAUAAUGAACAACCUACACAAACUACCAUUUCGCAACCUCAAAUUAACCUGCAACCCACAAUAUUUCUUAGGGAUAGAUACUCAAAUGUACCAGUUUCCGAACCAUCUGUAGAAUUCUGUAAACUAUUCUAAGGGGUGAGGUGUCAAGUGACCCACUACUUACUAAAUUAGAAUAUUUAAAUAUAAUACCUCUUUUCCAAACCCACUUUCUAAAUAUGGAUUUGUAAACAUAUAUUUUGUAAGAAAUAGAAAUAGAAAGUACAAACAUCUUUUUGUAAUACCUAAAAAUA